UCUGGUGCAUGCCUGCUAUAGAGAAAGAGAGAUUUAGUACUCCCUCUGUAAACUAAUAUUAGAGCGUUUAGAUCAUUAUUUUAGUAUUCUAAACACUCUUAUAUUAGUUUACGGAGGGAGUAGUAAUGUUUAGAGAGUCCUACUACAGAUACGAUAAUUUUCGUGCGAUGCAUACAACACUAAAUCACAACUAACAAUUGUGUGAUGCUAGCUUUGCUACAGGGCUGCACAUACUAACAUACAAGAAUCAUACCUAACAAAUUUAUUAAGUUGAAGCAAUACAAUACUAGAUUUGUAACCAUCUCUAGUUGAAGCAAUGCAAUGCUCGAGUUUACAUUAUUUAUAAAAAUAUUGUUAACAAAUUUAUUUUUAUUUUGAUGUUUAUUGCAAUUUUUUUACAAUAUGUAAUGAUAAGUGAUUGCUUCCUUGAGGAUCACAAGCUGAAUUACCCCUUUAAACCCUUUCUGAAGUACCUUCAGACUCCUUUAAGAUGUGUUCUAUUUAUGGGAACAUGAAGUCUACUUCCAUAUGAUAAGUCUCUUGUGAUUUUGAAAAUGCCAAACGGAGACCGAGCUCCAUGAGGCCUUUAUUUUAAAAUUUUAAAAUUCAAACUUUUCAGUUUAAAAAAAUGCUGAAAAUAAAUACACACAUACCUAGAUACAUAAUGUAAGUGUGUGCAAAUUUCCAGGUCGAAAUGCAUUAAAAUGUGAGCUACACAAAAAGACAAAUCUGAGGCUUUUUAGCAUAUGUACUGUCAUCUUUAAAGUCCAUGAUUUUUUUUGUGCAGUACGCAAUUCAAGGUAUUUCAUCCUGAAAAUUUUCACACAUACACUCUACAUGCUUGCAUACAUGUGUAUUUUUUUCAGAAUUUUUUAAGACUGAAAUUUUUUAGUUUUGAAUUUUUCAAAAUAAAGGGCUCCAUGGAGCUCAGUCUCCAAAUGCCCUACUCCUUGUGACUGUGCUCACUAUUGUGUACUGUGAAAACUGCUGGACUUCACGAGCCUGUUCUAUGCCUGACUGCAAUGUUUAUACUAUAUGUUAAAAAUUCAUGAUUAGGGCUGCUAGGAGUCCUACCAAGUACCGAACUCAAUCAACUGGGUCAAUUAUAGAACUCAGUUUCUUAUAAGAAACAGUUCCCAACAAGCCAACCAUGAGAACAGCUUGGUACCAAGGUAUCUUAUACUCCUACUUAUAAUGGUUAUCUAAAAAUCUCUUGGCAUCUCAUCCUAUUAUACUAGUAGUAUAUAGGAGCGAGGUAUCACACUGUGAACAUGUCUUGGCGGCUUGGCCUUCUUUAUAAGCUAUUAAAUUUUGGUCCUAAUCGCCUUGUUGCGCCAUGGGCACAACAGGAAAUCCGGUGAAGAUAAGACAGAGGGAAGUUCCAUCACCUAGGUUUUAGCUCGGUAAUUUCAGCCCGCACGAUCUAUAUGAACCUAGCUUAUCAGAAAACAAAAACAUAAAUCAAAUGAAAACAUACAAGCACAUUCACACAUAAACAGACGCUGAGUACUGCAGCCCUAGUAGUAGCAUAUUAGACACUAAAUUUAUCUAAUAUCCAAUGAACUCUUCUUAACGACUGACUGUAUCUCCCACAGCAACAGCCAACAGGCUUCACUGUCUCUACUCCUGGGCUUCAACUUCAACCAGUAUCUUCAAGCAGGCCACGCAGCAGGGGCAAGGGCAUGUGCGGCGAUUUGGGCAAGCAGGGGACCUCUGCCCGUCUGCCGAACCUCAACUCCAUUCCAUGUAAAAAUGGAUCGUGCGUCGAUCGAUAAUCGGGCGGAGGCCCGCCGAACACUGCUGACAAGGUCUGGCCGCGGGAGGCAAAGGAUGAUCGGAUCAUGCCCGGCCUAUGCACGUAGCAAGACCCAACAAACGGUGUAAACAAUUAAAUUCAUGUCUACGCAUGCAUGAAUCUUGGUUUGAUUGAAGUUAGGCAGAGGUAAAAAGCUAGCACCCAACUGUGUCAUCGAAUUAAUGGCGGUAGUACAAAUUCUUUAAAGUUUAAACUAUCAUAUCUGUCAGUCAGUGAGCUGAGCAGGCCAUUCCCCCUGCCCGCGGUUAUAUAAGCAGGCACCUUCCCAUGGCAUCCUUCCCGCCACAAACCAAGAAAAACCCGAACACGCCCACUGCCACCACACCACGGCCUGCCGUCUUCAACUCCGGAAGCCGACGAUGGCGCACACACGCAUCACGGCGGCGGUCGCCGUUGCAUUCGCCGUCCUCGCGGUCGCCGCGGCCGCGUCCACGGGCGCCACCGCCGCCGGCAGGGGGAAGCAGCAGCAGCGCGCUCCAGGCCCCGCUUCCGGCAGCAUCGUGUACAUCGUGAUGGUGAAGCCCCCGGCCGUCGCCGCCGAUAGCGCGGCCUACCAUAUGGGCAUCCUCAUCGCCGCGGUCGGCAGCGAGGACAAGGCCAAUGCGGCGUUGGUCUACAGCUACAAGAACGCCAUCAGCGGGUUCGCGGCGAGGCUCACCCCCGCGCAGGUCGCCGUGCUCAGGAAGAACCCUAACGUCAUCCGGGCGCAGCCUGAUGUCAAGUACUCCCUUCACGACGACCACAACAACAACAACAACCUCAACUGAGCAAGAGCUCCUGUCCAGUUAUUAAGAGUUGUUGCACAAUAUGGAACAAGAAGCCCCCGAGAAGAAUCUUGUGUUGAUCUUUCUCUGCAUACUUCAAAAUUACACACAUAUAUAGAGUGUAGCGUUGCAAGAAGUUUAUAGUGUAAUUUGUUUAGAAUUGUUGCACCUUGUAUAACUCUGUCUGCGUAUAUACUGAUGGGCAAAGAUGUCUGGUUUGCUACCAUAUUAUAUUCCUAUUUUCUCUAAACUCUGAAGGAGUUGCGCACUGGGUUAGGUUGGGGUUGUCCAGCGUGCGGGUCAUAAACUGUAAUGCAAAGGUUCAAAGUGAGAGUUCUCUUAAGAGGAUGAUAACAUAUACAAGAAACUAACCUACCGGUUGCACUUAGCUUCUAUGCAACGAAACUAGACAAAAAGGUGCGAAGGCAUCAUUCACAACUAAGUCUGGGUA